GUGAUGAAAAAUCAGACUUUGACUGAAUUUGUUCUGCUGGGACUCACAGACGUCCCAGAGCUUCAGGUCUGUGUCUUCCUAUUUCUCCUGCUCACGUACAUCCUCAGCAUUGUGGGGAAUCUGACCAUCAUCCUCCUCACACUGCUGGAUUCCCACCUCCAGACACCCAUGUACUUCUUCCUCAGGAACUUCUCCUUCCUGGAGAUCUCCUUCACAUCCACGUUUACUCCUCGGAUACUCUUCAGCAUCUCCACGGGAAUUAAGACCAUCAGCUUUGCUGGCUGCUUCACACAGUACUUCUUUGCUAUCUUGUUUGGAGCCACUGAGUUUUACCUUCUGACGGCCAUGUCCUAUGACCGCUAUGUGGCCAUCUGCAAACCCCUGCACUACACCACCAUCAUGAACAACAGGGUCUGCUCCCUGUUGGUCCUUUGCUCUUGGCUGAGUGGCUUCCUGAUUAUCUUAUUCCCAAUCAUCUUGACGAGUCAGCUGGAUUUCUGUGCAUCCAAUGUGCUCAAUCAUUAUUACUGUGACUAUGGGCCCCUCAUCAAAAUAGCUUGUUCAGACACAAGGCUGCUGGAGCUCUUUGACUUUGUCUUAGCAGUCGUGACCUUGAUAGUCACCCUGGUGCUGGUUAUUCUCUCCUACACUCACAUCAUCAGGACCAUUCUGAAGAUCCCUUCUGCGCAGCAGAGAAAGAAGGCCUUUUCCACAUGCUCUUCUCACAUGGUUGUCAUCUCCCUUUCUUAUGGGAGCUGCAUCUUCAUGUACAUAAAGCCUUCAGCAACAGAAGGAGUUGCCUUCAAUAAGGGUGUGGCUGUGCUCAAUAAUUCAGUUGCCCCUUUACUUAACCCAUUCAUUUACACUCUAAGGAACAAGCAAGUAAAACAAGCCUUCAGCGAUGCUGUCAGAAAAGUUCUGGCGCCUUCUCAGAAGCAUCAGCCUCAUUUCCUAUGUGGAUGCAGGGCCUCAUAA